AUGCACAACCAAAUCGUCAAAUUCAUCAAGCAAAACACUCAAGUCGACCCAAUCAGCCAACUCACCUACGGCAACGGCCCCCGAGGCUCCCCCCGUCUCCAGCGUGCCCUAGCCAGCUUUCUGAACAGAAAGUUCUCACCCCUUGAGCCGGCAAAGAGUGAUGACAUCAUCGUCAUGGCCGGCGUGACGCCCGUGAUAGAUGCUCUGACAUGGGCGCUGUGCAACGAGGGGGAGGGAAUCAUCAUCCCCCAGCCCCCGCACAACCCGCUCGGGAGAUGUUAUCCUCCAGAGACGAUCAGGGCCAUCGCUGGUUUUUGUCAAGCUCAUAACCUCCACCUCAUCAGCGAUGAGAUUUACGCUCAGUCUAUUUACAACAACCCAGACGCCACAGACGUAGUGCCGUUUACAUCUGCCCUCGCGCUGGAUCUCCCUAUUGACACUCAAAAACUCCACGUUGCGUACGGCGCAAGCAAAGACUUUUGCGCCAACGGUCUCAGAUUAGGGAUGCUGCACACCCGGAACAGGGGACUGAUGGGCGCGAUGGCGAGCAAUGCCAUGCUUGGCUGGCCGCCGUACUUGGUGCAGGACAUUUGGGCCGCCAUGCUGGAGGACACCGAUUACACUGACGAGUUCCUGGGGAAGAACCGGGAGCUGCUGGGGGAGUCAUACAAGGUUGUGACUGAUUUUUUGAAGGAGCAAGGGGUGGGAUAUUAUGGGAAUUCGUAA